AUGCCGGAGCUGCCGCAGGCUUCCCUGUGCCCACUGUUCUGGAUGGAGUUCAAAGGCCACUGCUAUAGAUUUUUCCCUCUCAAUAAGACUUGGGCCGAGGCCGACUUCUACUGCUCUGAGUUCUCCACUGGCAGGAAAUCCACCAAACUGACCUCCAUCCACAGCUGGGAAGAGAAUGUCUUUGUGUAUGACCUUAUCAACAGCUGUGUGCCUGGGAUCCCAGCCGACGUCUGGACAGGGCUUCAUGAUCACAGACAGGAAGGGCAGUUUGAAUGGACCGACGGCCCCUCCUAUGACUACAGCUACUGGGACGGGAACCAGCCGGGUGACAGUGUCCACGCGGACCCAGAAGAGGAGGACUGCGUGCAGAUAUGA